GGAAGCCGAAGCAGGAAGGAAGGCAGGCAGGCAGGCAGAGAACGAGGAGAGGCAGGCUGUGAAUGUUAACGAGCCCCCGUCGUAAUAGAGCUCCGUAGGUAGGGUUUGAUAAAACGCCUUUUAAAUGGAGAAGAACGACGACCACUUUUAAACACCUACUAUGCGCCAGUGCCGCGUUCGCCUUGUGCGCGUGCAACAGCCUCACCGUCGUCGGCACGUUUGAUCAGAAAACCCGUCUUUUUCCGCUAAAUGAAAUGUAUCGCGACUGCUCGGGAUUCACAUUCUGACAAUGGAGAUUGAAAAUAUCGUGGCUAACACGGUUCUCCUGAAGGCACGAGAAGGUGGAGGAGGGAAGAGGAAUGGUCGCAGUAAGAAAUGGAAGGAGAUGCUCAAACUGCCCCACAUCAGCCAGUGUGAGGAGCUACGCCGCACUAUUGAGAGGGACUACACCAGCCUAUGUGAGAAGCAGCCAAUUGGUCGGCUGUUAUUCCGUCAGUACUGUGACACCAGGCCAGAGCUGAAACGCUGUAUCGAGUUUAUGGACGCUGUGGCCAUGUACCAGCUAGCUCCUGAUGAGAAGAGGAGGGACUGUGGACUGAAUGUAUUAGACACAUACUUUAAUAAUGGGUCGGCGGCCCAUCUGCCAGACCUACCCCAGGAUGUGGUGGCAGGGUGUCGGGAGAAGUUGGAGCAGAGUCCAUGCAAGGAGCUCUUCAAUGACUGCACCAAAAUAGUUCGUGAUUAUCUGAGUGGAGCUCCAUUUUCCUCCUACCAUGAGUCCAUGUACUUCUCUCGCUUUCUGCAGUGGAAAUGGUUGGAGAGGCAACCAGUAACCAAAAAUACCUUCAGACAUUAUAGAGUACUAGGAAAAGGUGGAUUUGGUGAGGUUUGUGCCUGCCAAGUACGUGCCACCGGUAAGAUGUACGCCUGUAAAAAGCUGGAAAAGAAACGAGUGAAGAAAAGAAAAGGUGAAGCAAUGGCACUAAACGAAAAACGCAUUUUAGAAAAAGUUAACAGUAGUUUUGUAGUUAGUCUAGCUUAUGCCUAUGAGACCAAGGAUGCGCUGUGCCUGGUAUUGACCAUAAUGAAUGGAGGUGACCUAAAGUUUCACAUCUAUAACAUGGGCAAUUCGGGCUUUGACGAGCAGAGGGCCAUCUUCUACGCUGCUGAAAUAUGCUGUGGCCUUGAGGACCUGCACCGUGAAAGGAUAGUCUACAGGGACUUGAAACCUGAAAACAUCCUUCUGGAUGACCGUGGACACAUCCGAAUUUCAGACCUGGGCCUUGCUGUUCAAAUUCCUGAAGGAGAGACGAUACGAGGGAGAGUAGGCACCGUUGGAUACAUGGCCCCCGAGGUGAUCCAGAACGAGAGCUACAACUUCAGCCCAGACUGGUGGGGGUUGGGCUGCCUGAUCUUUGAGAUGAUUCAGGGCCAGUCCCCAUUCCGAAAACGCAAAGAGCGUGUCAAGCGAGAGGAGGUGGACAGACGAGUGCGUGAAGACCCGGAAGAGUACUCCGACAAGUUCUCAGAGGAGGCGAAACACAUCUGCAGACAGCUCCUGUCAAAGGACCCCAAGGAGCGAAUGGGAUGCCAGGGUCGAGGGGCCAUAGAGGUCAAGCAGCACCCCAUCUUCAGAAAUAUAAACUUCAAGCGGCUGGAGGCUAACAUGUUGGAUCCUCCCUUCAGUCCUGAUCCUAGAGCCGUCUACUGUAAAGACGUCCUGGACAUCGAGCAGUUCUCCACUGUCAAAGGCGUGAACCUUGACCCCACAGACGACGACUUCUACCACAAGUUUGUCACAGGAAGUGUCUCCAUCCCGUGGCAGAAUGAGAUGAUUGAGAUGGAGUGCUUCAAAGAAAUUAACGUCUAUGAGACUGACGGGACACUUUGCUCAGACCUGGACGUGAAUCGACCCAAUCCUCCACCAAAGAGGGGCUUCUUCUACCGCCUGUUCAGAAGAGAGGCAAGUGCUAAUGCUCCGCCAACUGUCCGAGGGGGUGGGGGCUAAGGUAUGUUUUAAGAGCAGUUACAGCGACGAUGAGAUUGAAGAGCCCUCUCGACUUUAAACCACUCCUUUCACCUGCCUCCUCCUCCCCCUCGCCGCUGAACUUAGCUACAAACUCCAACCGAGCGGGAAUCUUAGGAACUCAGUGAAUGUUGACCUGUAUUUAUGAGCUGUAUUAAAAGUGUAUUAUAAUUAAAGAAAAAAGUAUGAGUUUAAAGAUUUUGUACAUUUGUACUUGAAUUUAUGUCUAGAUGUAUAUUUUCACUAAAGGUUGUAUUGUACAAAAAGCCAUAAAAGUACCACUUGAAUGCUUACAUUACAUUUCUUUUCCUUUUUAUUUACUUUUAGAAUGAGUAUGGAAGUGUAUCUGGGACUUUUUUGAAGAAGCACAGCAACAUAUGUUUUUUUUAAUUUCUCAAUGUAGCAUAAGGCCUUUUUUUUAAUCUGUGCUGUAUGUUUGUCAUUUAUUUUGCCAACACAACUUGUUAGUAAAUGAAAACCACCUGGUCCCGUAUAUAUACAGUAUAUAUAACUAACUUUUAGCCUCCACACCCCUCAUGGCUCAGGUGGUUCUGAAUGAAGCUCGUUGAUAUAAUAGAUAAAGGGGAAAUAAAUCCAUUCUAACGUUUCUGUA